AUGGAUGAUGAAGGGAAAAACUAUGUUUCUGCAGAAGUGUCUGAUAUGUCGGAAUCAGUUUCUUUUCUGAAUGUAGUGUAUCAACCUUUGAAAGUCUUCUUGAGAGUGAGACCAUUUUCUAUAGCAGAGCUUGAAAACCAUGAAUCUCAGGGUUGUGUAACUAUUGAAGAUCCUCAGACAGUAAUUCUGAAUGCACCCAAAGAGUCUUCUGCAAUGAAAAACAGUGAAAGAGGGAUUGGUCAUUCUGUGCACAGGUUCACCUUUUCUCAGGUCUUUGGACCGGAAACUACUCAGAGUGAAUUUUUUGAAGGCUCAGUGAAGGACAUAGUAGGAGCGUACGUCAAUGGAGUGAAUGGACUGGUGUUUACCUAUGGGGUUACAAAUGCAGGCAAGACAUUUACUAUCCAAGGGACUUCAAAAGAUUUUGGUAUUUUACCUCGCUCACUGGAUGUGAUUUUUAACCACAUAAGGGGAAGACAGUACCUGAAGAUGAACUUCAAACCAUAUUUAAGCAAUGAUGUUAAGAAACUAGAAGAUGCACAAGUUAAGCAAGAAGAAGCCAUAAAAACUGCUCUUCUUGCAUCACUGAAAGAGGAGACAGAAAACAUCACAAAUACUAUUACAAAUGUGUGUGAUGUGGAGUCGGCUUCUUUCAACUGUACUUCAAAAACUCUUCCUUCUGAUUUCCUAGCAGAGAACAACUUUGUUCCACUUGACACGUAUAGGACUAAUAUACAGCAAAGAGCACAAGCAUCUGUGUGGAUUUCUUUUUGUGAAAUUUAUAAUGAAUAUGUGUAUGACCUAUUGAAUGUGCUAUCUUCAUCAAAAACUCAGAAGCGCAGAGUCUUAAGAAUUUGUGAGGAUCAAGGAGGAAAUUCUUAUAUUAAAGACUUAAAGUGGAUUAACAUCCAGAGCACUGAAGAAGCCUGCAAAAUACUAAAAUUAGGAAACAAGAACCGAAGCUUUGCUUGUACUAGAAUGAAUGAGCAAUCGAGUAGGAGUCACAGUAUAUUUUCGAUCAGGCUACUAAGGCUAACUGAUGAGCACCAGCCGCAUGUUCUUGGAGUUUCAGAGUUGUCUUUCUGUGACUUGGCUGGAUCAGAGAGGUGUGAUAAAACACAAGCCUUUGGAGACAGACUGAAAGAAGCAGGAAACAUUAAUAAUUCACUUCAUAUCCUUGGAAAAUGCAUUGCAGCAUUGAAGCAGAAUCAAAAUCCGAAGAUGAAGCCAAGCUAUAUUCCAUUCAGAGAGAGCAAACUGACUCGUCUGUUUCAGCCAUUCUUUUGUGGAAAAGGCAAAGCUUGUAUGAUUGUCAACAUUAAUCAGCAUGCUUCCACAUAUGAUGAAACAUUACAUGUAAUGAAAUUUUCAGCUAUAGCCAAACAGGUAAUCCAGACAAUCCUACCCAAGUGUUUUAGUUAUUUUCCACCCAAGCUAGUUGGAGGCGACAGCAAACCUAUCGUGCACUUUGAUGCUAACACGUCUGUAGAGGACUUCCCUGACAGUACUGAAACCUCUGCAGAAGAGGAAGUGGACAUCACCAUUCUGAGUCAUGAGGAUCUCUUGAAAACUACAGAGAACCUAAAGGAGAAGCUAGUUGCAGAAAGGCAAAGUAAACUCCUUCUGGAGGUGAAGAUACGUAGAGAGAUGGCAGAAGCAAUGUUCCGACAGCUGUUGGAAACAGAGGAAGCCUGGAGCAACCGCUUAGAAGAUAUGAAAGACAGUUAUGAAGAAAAAAUGGAGAGCAAAUUUGAAAUGUAUAAAGAGGCCAUCAAGAAACAUGCGUAUGUGUGUGCAAUGGAACAAAUUGAAGACCAUUAUGUUCCCAUAGAAGAAUUUCUAGCUGAAAAAGAGAAAGUUGAGGAUAGAGAGAGUAAAAUACUGCAAUUGGAAAGGCAACUUGAUGAACAGUCAGGAAGGCUGUUGGCUGUGGGAAGUCUGAAUUCAGAUGUACUGACUACUGAAAGUAACAUGGAACUAGAUCUUACGAACAACAUGAAGAGAGCCAAUGAAGGAUUGCAGAAACAAUGCAAAGAAAAGGAAGAGCUUAUAAAAUCUCUGAAGUUUAAAAUGCAGAAAUUAAAUGAAACCCUGCUAGAAGCUAAUGAAGGCUGCAGAAAAAUGGCAGAGGAGAACAGUCAGCUGAAGCACGCAAUCAUGCUCAAGGAUCAAGAAAUGAAUGGUCUUCAGAACUGGGCUAAACGUGUUCUUGAGCUUGAAGAAACAGUGUCUUCCCUACAAAAAGAACUUGAUGAACAGAAAAAGCAUCUCUCUGUACAGGAGCCAAAACACCAAAAACCCAGGAGAGGUUUGUUGGCUAACCUGAAAUCCACAGUAGCAGCCACUGCUAGCACACCUCUAGGUAAAGGCUGGGGGAAGUAUGAAGAUGCUUCAUCCUCUUCAAGAAAACAAGUACUGUUUGCUCAUAAAACAAAAUAA